CCUUCUCUCUCAGCCAUGAUUGCCAGACAGCAAAGUGUCCGCGGAGCCUCCCGGGGCUUUAGCAGUGGCUCAGCCAUUGCCAGUGGAGUCAAGCGGGUGGCUUUCAGCUCAGCCUCCAUGUCUGGGGGUGCAGGCCGAUGCUCCUCUGGGGGCUUCGGCAGCAGGAGUCUCUACAACCUCGGGGGUCACAAGAGUAUCUCCAUGAGUGUGGCUGGGUCCUGCCAAGGCGGUGGUUAUGGUGGUGCUGGAGGUUUCGGUAUCGGAGGCUUCGGUGCCGGGUUUGGUGCUGGUGGCUUUGGAGGCAGCUUUGGAGGUGGUUUCGGAGGUUCCUUCAAUGGUCGAGGUGGUCCAGGCUUCCCCGUCUGUCCUGCUGGAGGUAUUCAGGAAGUUACCAUCAACCAGAGCCUGCUGACGCCUCUUCAGGUGGAGAUUGACCCAGAGAUCCAGAGAGUCCGCACGGAAGAGCGUGAGCAGAUCAAGACCCUCAACAACAAAUUUGCUUCCUUCAUUGACAAGGUGCGAUUUUUAGAGCAACAGAACAAGGUCCUGGAGACCAAAUGGAACCUGCUCCAGCAGCAGACCACCACCACAUCCCCCAGAAGCCUGGAUCCUUUCUUUGAGACUUACAUCAAUGCCCUGAGGAAGCAUCUGGACUCUUUGAUCAAUGACAAAGGACGCCUACAGUCAGAGCUGAAGCUCAUGCAGGACAGUGUGGAGGACUUCAAGACCAAGUAUGAAGAUGAGAUCAACAAGCGCACAGCUGCAGAGAACGACUUUGUGGUCCUCAAGAAAGACGUGGAUGCUGCCUACAUGAUCAAGGUGGAUUUGGAGGCCAAGAUGGACAGCCUUAAGGAUGAGAUCAACUUCUUGAGGGUCCUCUAUGAAGCGGAGCUGUCCCAGAUGCAGACACACGUCUCAGACACAUCUGUGGUGCUUUCCAUGGAUAACAACCGGAACCUGGACCUGGACAGCAUCAUCGCUGAGGUCCGAGCUCAGUAUGAGGAGAUUGCCCAGAGGAGUAAGGCUGAGGUUGAGUCAUGGUACCAGACCAAGGUCCAGCAGCUCCAGAUCUCAGCUGACCAACAUGGAGAUAACCUGAAGAGCACCAAGAAUGAGAUCUCAGAACUCAAUAGGAUGAUCCAGAGGCUGCGGGCAGAGAUUGAGAACAUCAAGAAGCAGUGCCAGAAUCUGCAGACAUCUGUGGCUGAUGCAGAGCAGCGUGGGCAGACAGCUCUCCAAGAUGCUUACAGCAAACGUGCAGAGCUGGAGAACGCCCUGAGCAAGGCCAAGGAGGACCUGGCCCGGCUGCUGCGUGACUACCAAGCUCUCAUGAAUGUUAAGCUGGCCCUGGAUGUGGAGAUUGCCACCUACCGCAAGCUGCUGGAGGGCGAGGAGUGCAGGAUGUCUGGAGAAUGCCAGAGUGCUGUGAGCAUCUCGGUAGUUGGUGGCAGUGCCAGUAUUGGCGGUAGUGCUGGCAUCGGCGGCAGUGCUGGCAUCGGCCUUGGCCUGGGUGGUGGUUUUGGCUCUGGUUCCGGUUCUGGAAGUGGCUUUGGGUUUGGUGGUGGUGUCUAUGGCAGUUCCGGUACCAAGAUCACCUCUACCACCACUGUGACCAAGAGGUCCCAGCGAUAG